GAUAGAAACCGUCAGAUCACAACCUUGAGCGUGCCCCUCUGACCAGCGGAGGCAGAGAUUUUGCAAUCACCGUCCUGACGCCUCUCGAGCACGCGAUUGUGCUUGCCGCGCCCGUUGCCCGCGUGAGAAGCUGCAAAGGCUGCAGUUGCAGUCUCGUUGGCUCGGUGAGAUUGACUCUGGUACAGCGCAGCGCGGAAGCCACAGCAAAGCCGUCCUGUGACCUCGACGCCGGCCAAUCGCCCGUCAGCCUCCGAAUGCGUCACUCCCCGAUACCAGGUGCCGCCAAGUAUCUUUUUCCGCCAUAUAUAACCACCUGAAGGCCGCAGAGGCCUGCUCCGGCCCUCGCCCAAAGCGGAAUCAUCCGGCCGAUCAGAAGACUCACAUUCCAGCGCAGUCCAUGCUUCUUCACGCCGACCCGAGCCUGGCCGAGGUCCCAGGCUUCAGAAAAGAGCAAUUGGACGCCUUGGCCCGCAGCGUCGAGCUGAGGAGGCAGCAGCUCGAGGACGACAUCAACGACUACAUAAAGGCCAAGCAGGACGAGCUGCGCAGAUAUGGCGACGAGCAAUCCGCCUCUGCAGAACAAACCAUUACCAGUAAUGCUCAAAGCAUUGCGUCACCGCUCGACCCAGAGCCCGAAGAGAGGAUCAAGCAGAAGAAGCACACCAGAGUCCACAAGCGGGAGAAGGAGCUCUAUGGCCUAGUUACGCCUGUCUUCCUUCCCUUGCUCGACGCACGCGACACGUCGCCGGAAAAGAAGAAGAAGAAGCCCAAGACUGAAGUCGCGCACGGCGCAAACACCACGCCCAAAUCAGCCCAGCCAGGAGCGUCAAGAGAUGCUGAGCAGAGCAAAGACGGCCGGAAGUCUAGCAAGGACAAUACGAACAUGGAAUGCGCUGCCCCGGAGGAGCCAGCCAAGGAGAAUCACCCAGCCGAGACAGUCAAAAAGGCCAAGCGCACCACCAUGAAGAAGUCUGCGCUGCGACACAAGGACAAGCCUCGAUCGCAGCGGAAGCGAGUCAGUCUGGUCAUUGACGGCCAAACCGUCCUGCCCGCAGAUACCGUCGAGGAACCACCCCUCACAUCGCCCAGCAGCGAAGCAACGUCCGCCUCAAACUCAACGGCAUCGCUCGACGACAUGAUAGAUCCGCGACUCACCACCCCAGAGCCACCAGUCUACCUCGAACACCGCGACGCCGUACAUCACAGCCUGCCCCUUCCCAUGACCAACGCUAUCAACUCGGCUGCAAAACCCCUGUCCGAAGCACCAAAUACCAUAUCCAUUGCCGCCGAACACUCUCCACCGCUCACCUCCCCACGCUCCCCCAGCAUACCUUUCGGCUCUGCCCAAACCGCAACGCGCACGUUUCUCGACCCGUCCCCCUCACUCCCUUUACAAGCCGUGCAUUCUAUCCCCGAAACUGCUGGUCCAGAUCCUAUCUAUUCGACCGCCGCCGCUACAAGCGCCGAACUUGAAAUCGACGACCUCGCAGACGACGACACCAACUUCGAUACCUACGUCGGCGGGUUACAUGGUAGUGGUGUAGAUGACGUGGACCAGGCGGGGAGCUAUGGCUACCCCAGUAGUCUGGGCGCCAGCUACAUGGAGAGCUAUAUGCAGAAUCGGCCAUUGAGCGUGAGGAUGCAGGCUGCGAAUAAAGCAGGGUUGGGUGAAGAAGAAAAGAGGAAGUUGCUCGAGGAGAAAGAUGAAGACGAGGCUGCAGAAGAUGACGACUUGGAUGAUGAUUUCAAGCAUAGUGGGAGUUUGAGGAACAACAAGGCGGUGGAUACGGGUGAUGAUAACUUCAUGGGAGAUAUGGAUGAUUUUUGAGAUUCGUUAUGGGUCAGGGAAUUGAAAUUGGAGUUGGAUACUGGAUCAUCGACUCCAAAUCGCUCUCAAUGAGUCAUCUUGGAUAUAGAUGAUCACUGGAGCAGAGACGCUGGGCAUGGCGGAAGCUUUCAGGCUCAUUACGCUACAACGACGAUUAGACCACGACUACUCGAUGUGCACGAGCAAUCAAAUUCGCAUAUGAACAUUGAUCAUAUGUCAGAAAUUUGUAGGUCUACAGAGACUCAGCACAU